CAUAUAUCUCUUUUAUCUGGCCUCGUCCAUGCACACGCGGAGAAAGAUCGCGUGCAUUGGCGCGUUUGCGUUGCCGUGACGGAAGGGAGCUAUUGGCUUCCUUUAACGCAACAGCUGAAGAAGCGCAGUAUUCAGAAGCGCAGUUUUUUGUAAGGGAAUCUACUGCGUAGCUCGUGUCGAAUGCAUCUUCGAAAGCCUUAUUCAAAAAGCUACGAUCUUGAGUUCGUUUAGAAACCAGUGGAGGCUUAGGCGAGCGCUUGGUCCAAGGUUUGAAGAGCAAGGCAAGGGCUUGCGAAGAACGGCGUCAUGAGGGCCAUCUGGACGAUCCUGGUUCUGCUGGCGGUACUUACAGCUUCAGAUGUCUCCGCACUGCCUGCCGCAGAUGAAAGCAGCGGAGGAGGAACGUUUCCUGAAUGCGGACCUGGCGAGGUGUUCAAGGAGUGCGAGAGCUCGUCCUGCGGCGAGCUGUCCUGCUCGCAGCCCGAACCAACGGACGAGUGCACGCGCGACUGUGCCUACCAGUGCUUCUGCGACCGCGGCCUGUACAGAAACAGCCUGGGCAUUUGCGUGCCUCUCGCGCGGUGCGACAAACCCAGGGACUAAGCUCAAGGACUAAGUACAGGGACUAAGCCUAGGGACAAAAACCAUGGACUAAGCCCAUGCACUAAGCACAGGGCCAAAGACAACAGACUAAGCCCAUGGACUGAGCCCAGGGCAAAGACCAUGGACUAAGCCCAGGGACUAAGCCCAUGGACAGAGCCCAGGGCCAAAGGCCACGGACUAAGCCCCCGGACUAAGCCCAUGGACUGAGCCCUGGGACAAAGACCACGGACUAAUCCCAGGAACUAAGCCCAGGGACUAAGCCCAAGGACUAAGACCCGGGGCUAAGCCCAUGGUCUGAGCCCAGGGAAAAAAACCACGGACUGAGCCCAGGGACUAAGGCCAGGGACUAAGAACUUCUGUCCCUGGCGCACGCCCACGGACAAAAGCAUGGCACUACGUGAACAUAUCAUCCCGGUGCGUUUCAAUCAUACAGAUUGCAGAUGUUCUUGGUCAUCACUUGGUUGCUUUGGGGACCACGAAACCUCGGAAACGCCGACAAUAAAUUGAGGAAAGAAACUCCUUAUUGCGGCAAUCAACGAGACAGAAGUUUAAGCGAACAUAGAGGCUCGAAGCGAUGAGAAACUGUGGGGCGAUGAAUGUCCUGGAGGCAGUGCUUUACUGAAUGACACUUCACUGAUGAGAGACCGGAGAAGCACCAAAACAGGAACUUGAGAAAGGAGUUCUGCAGUGCAUUGCUUUAUUAAAGAAAUUCAGCUCUUUAUCACGUGUGUUUGUUUUGCUGAGGAUAAGGUACCUUUAGUCGCCUCACUGCUUAUUUGCACAAGAGAGUCGUCAAUAAGUGCAGCUGUGAAGGUAGUUGACUGGGCUACAUAUAAGUCCAGAGGGGUGCGAAUGUUGCUAUUUGUUUUGCGUUGUACCCCCGUUUCUUCCUACGAAACACUGGUUUAGCUCACGUCGACAUCACAGAUCACAGGGAGAUUCGAUAGAGGAUU